AUGUCGUGUUCUCAGAGUGCGCUAGCUCAAGUUUCAAUUGCCGCAGGUUAUGUUUCGUUUCUGACGUCCUUUAUAGCUCAAAUUCCCCAAGUGCUUGAGACAUAUGUGGAUAAAACUGUAGAGGGACUUUCACCUCUUUUUCUGCUUGCAUGGCUGGUAGGAGACAUCACGUCGCUUGGUGGAGCGAUUUUAACAGAUCAGCUACCCUUCCAGAUCAUCCUAGCCAUUUAUUUUCUGAUUAACGAUGUCUUUAUUUGCGGUCAGUAUUACUACUACGGAGUUCUGCAUGAGAAUAAGCUGGCCACACCAGGUCAUGAACGAAUGGAAACCGAAGAAAGAAUAACGUUGGUGAGAAGCAGAAGCUCAGAUAGGCAUAUUGAACCCAACCUGAACCAAAGAUCGUGGCUAGCAGGCUUAUUGUGCUUAAGUACGGGCGUUAGAGGCAUGGCUUUGGGGGAAAGUUUCCGUGUUACCAGCGCCAACUCUACCGCUGCAUCUCAAGCUGGUGAAGUUUUGGCGUGGGCUGGUGCACUGUGCUACGUGGGGGCCAGAAUUCCCCAGUUGUAUAAAAACUACCAGCGGAAAUCUACCGAUGGACUUUCUCCCUUCCUCUUUAUCAACACACUACUUGCCAACACUACUUACAAUGUGAGCAUCUUCACGAGUUGCAAGUUCCUGGAGGAGACGAACAAAUGGGAGUUUGUGAUGAACGAGCUGCCCUUCAUAGUCGGAAGUGCGGGGACCGUGUUGUUCGAUUUUGCUUAUUUUUACCAGCAUUAUGUGUUGUAUGCCGAAGAUAUGCGUUUAAGAAGGCUAGAGACGCAUCUAAGCAACGACGAAACAACACCGUUGUUGUAA